AUGCGCGGGUGGAUCAAGCAUCGUGUACUGACAAUUCUGUGCGCGUCAAUUGAAGGCAGAGAGCCUCAUGCCGCACGCCAAGCUUCCGGUCUAGACCAGCGACCACUAGGCCAGCCGUUUCUAGGGCCCUGUACAAGGCCAAUCUCCGAACCAUCUCCCCAAACAAGUGACAAUGGUCAAUCCCCUGCCCAGUAUGAAAUUUCUAAACAGCAAGAGGAAUAUUUGUAUGGCCCCUUUAUCUUUUCGAUAUGCGUUGUGCUGAGACAGUUGAUGCAUAGGCUUGAUCAAUAUUUUGAAAUCGCCCAAGAUGCAAAUCCCAUAUUCUCGAAGGCGAACUUUCUCGAUAAAUAUCGAAACUCAUUGUGCAACGAAGGACUCAUCUCUGUGAUGGUCACAAUAACGGCAAAACUUAUAGGAUAUAAGCUUUUCCCCGAAGAAUGUGUCCUCAAUGCUCGAAUCGACUUACUGCUGGGCUCCAGUUUACUCGAGGAUGACAUCGUCGGCGAUUCUCCCUCCCUUGACCAGUUCCGCAAAGCCUGCAUGCUAGCACUCUACGAUUUUCACCAAUUCCCAGGCCACCAAUCAUGGAUGCGGAUAGGGAGACUGACACGCAUGGCUUAUCGGAUUGGACUCGAUCGCCUUGAGCCUCUCCGAGCAAUGUGUCCGGACUGGGGAUGUCUCAGCAAGGAUGAUAUUGAAGAAUGGCGUUCAGUGUGGUGGUGUAUCUACCGUCUCGAUUCAUACUCCAAUCUCUCUUCCGGCACACCAUAUCUCAUCGACAACAGCUUUGUCAACACAUCUCUUCUGCUUGACGCGUGUGAGCCAAACGGCGAAUCUAGUCCCAUGACACUUUAUCUGCCAGCCGACUCCGAACACCUGUGGAAACUUCUCCCGACAAUCAUCUCCAAUCUAGAGACACGGAUGAAGAACAUUCACAUCAUCUCCAUUUCCGCGAUGCGUCAAGCUGGACUUGUCGCAGGGAUUCGUUUAUUGAGACCUCAGGAGGAGAUAGCCACGCAUCUCGUUAAAUUUGAGCGUCAUCUUUCGGCGCUUUGUCUGGCACUUCCGCAUGGCUGGUUCAAUCCCGGACGCAAUGCAUUCACAAAUGAAUCCCCCUUGACCACCACGCAAGGCUAA